AUGCUCUCGUCCGUCUCGACGCUUCUCUCUCUCACCGCUGCCACCCUGAUGGUAUGCAACUCUGCCUCGGCCCACCGCGCCCUCCGAGCGACCAGCCCGGAUGACUGGAUCACCAAGUUCACCAAAGACAACGGCUGCGCGCUCUUUGGCUUUGCAGGCUGCUCGUACUGCACCCAAGCCAAGGCCUUCUUCAAGUCCAAAGGUGCGCACUUUGGCUAUUGUGACAUUCAAGACUCGUCAACGACUCCGACGGGCCAAGAGAUCUACCGCGCCCUCGAGAGUCGCACGCAUCAGAACACGGUGCCCAACAUUUGGCUCGGCGGCAAGUUCAUCGGCGGCCUGGACGCGUUAAAGAAGCUGGAAAGCAGUGGUCGUCUGGACGCUGCGCUGGCGGCGGCUGGCUGCACCAACAAGCCGACCGCGAGCCCAACUUCAGACCCUACCUCGGACCCUACCUUGGACCCAACGACGACACCAAGUGACAGUGGGUCGGGAUCUGACUCGUGGACCAACUCGGAGCCCGAUUCAUGGGCCAACUCAGAGCCGAGCUCGUGGGACGGCUCGAAUGCCGACUGCGACGACUAG